AGAUGACGCGGGACCAUUGCCCCUUCCCAGCUUUCGCGACCGCCAUGUCUGCCGCAUGCUGACUCACAACGGUGGAGUGGAAGCGGGCGCCAGGAAUUGCUCCUCUCCCGAACGGCUUGCAAGCGUCUCUCCAUGGGGAGCGCACUGUCUUUCUCUGUCCAUUUGACCCUCACCACUGGCUGUCUCAGGAGCCCGCGAUUGGCUGGCGAGCCUGAGAGGCGGCAGGGCCUUCCCUCCAACCAGAGACAAGGGCGGGAUCCGGAAUCCUGAGCGCACGCCGGCCAGUGGCGAUGCAGUCGGACGAUCUCUUCGUUCGCAAGAUGCGACGCCACUCGAACCGUCCACCACUCACCUCCUUCUCGUUCGACAACUUCCGGGCCCCUAAGCCCCAGGCGUGCGAGGGCCCGCUCGUGGGCCACUGUGGCCCGCCGCUGAGGUCACCGCAGCGCAGCGGCCUAAUGCAUCGCAGCAACAGCGACGUGACCCUGAGCGAAGGGGAGCUGACGACUGCUGCAGGGGCUCCCGGCUCCCCGUUGCCGCUGUCCGUGGCAUCCGUAACGGGGUUCCAGCAAAACAGCAGCAGCAGCCCCAGCAUGCCCUCGAAGAGCAUGGCGCCCCCUCGAGCCCGGGCACACAGCCACGAAGAGUCACGGGCGGGCAGCCCCACCGCCCGGCGUUUCCGCGAUCCCCUGCUCCUGCUGGGACUGGCAGCCUCGGAUGUCUGGGAAUCGGAUGGGAGCGGCGCCCCGUCAACGGAGACCAGUGUAUCGCUUCCCGCACCGGAGGCAGCCACGCCGGUGUGGGGCCGCCACUUGGCUCACUAUGACGUCCAGAGUAUCCUCUUUGAGCCGGGCGAGGGGGUCCGGGAAGCCGCCAGGCAGGGCAACGUCACCACGGGUGCCUCGGCAGCUUCGCAGUGCCGUACAGCGGACGUGACGCCGAUUCUUGAGGACGGGGCAGAAGAGGAGGAAGGAGGCAUGCUGGUGCUCAGCUGUUCCGCCUUUCGGGUAGAAGCCGGAGGGGAGGUUGAACAAGGACUAGGCCAACACCGGGGGCUGCCCGUGGGCUUCCACUGUCCAAACAUGGCCGUUUCAGUGCUGGAGGAACCCCGUGAAAGUUACGGACAGAGGAGCAGCCGAGUGAUGCACGCCAUCGAGUAUGCCGAUCUCGGAGCCUGUUACUACCGGAAGCAUUUUUACGGCAAAGAACAUCAAAAUUUCUUCGGGGUGGACGAUCAGCUGGGCGCUGUCGCCAUCUCUCUCCGUCGCGAAGAGAAGGAAGGAAGCGCCGGCCCGCAGUACAACUACCGUCUGAUCAUUCGCACGAGCCAGGUGGGCAUCGCUCUCGUGCACCAAGGGAGGGCGAAGGUGUGA